AUGGAUACCAGGAAAGCUCAACCAGUUGAAAAGUUAACAACAGCGUACAAGAAGUUUCUUACGCGUUCAAUGCGACAACUGAAUGCCACAGAUGAGGAUGUGACAGAGAACCACUUACCAGCUAGAAGCUUUGGGACUGUUUUGACCAGGCAAACAAGAAACCAACCUUCUGAGAGUUCUGAUAUUUUUAGGAAAAAGCCAAAGACAGACAGGGCUCCGGGAGCUGCAUUGUCCAUUUUUAAAGACAGCAGCAAUAGUUCACUAGCGGAUCAUGGACCCCAAGAUAUGUCCAAGUUCGACUUAAAACCAUGGCACUCACUCGGUGCCCGAGCAGAAAGAAACAAAGAGAAUAGUGCAAUUCCUUCAAAGUGGACAUCAACUAAGAUUCCUCAGAAACCCGGUCAAAGCAUAAGAAGACCACCUCCAGGCCCAUGCCUUGAGAUUUUUGUGGAUGACGAAGAAGACUCGAGACAAGAUAAACGAGAAAACGAGGGGGAGAAGUAUUCCGCUCUGCAGCUCAGGCCUGGGGAGAGCCGAGAUAUUAAGAAAGAAACCGAGCUACUGAGGGAGAACCCGUUGCGUAAUUUUCCUCCAAGUUCUUUGCCCAGAUAA